UUUGUGGGAAUGGUGGUUUAAGAAUGCGAUAUGUGAGAUGAAAAGUAAUCGUUAAUACGUUGAUGUGAAAGUUUGAUGUGAUGCAGUAUGGAAGUAAAGUAAAGAGUUCGCAAGAUUCACUACAGAGUUUCGUUUGAUUCAGCAGAGACCAUGGCAUCAAAGAGCGGCGGCGGCUUUGAUUUUCCAGGGAUGAGGAAAACCGUUCUGGAUUUAAGGGAACACCCUAACAAAAAUGACGUAGUCGAACUCACAAAACAUAUAAAAAAAAGUGAGAUAGUCUUCAUGAACCCUGAUCCAGACGAUGAACCUUUCCUGACAUCAUUCACCGUAUUGGCAGCAGAUGGCUUUUCUACUGCCAUAUCAACAGGAGCAGUUUCUCAAACAAAUUAUGUGUUCCGCUCUACGCUCGUGUUAACCCAGUAUUUGGUGCAAUACCUGCGAAAACAAAUCGACAAUCCAUCUGUCACACUCACAUUGCCUUCGAAAAGAGUACUACAGACAAUACGGACUAUGUGCACUUUAGAAUUUCCAGCAAAUUGUGCUGAAGAGAGUGAAGGCAUUACUGCUAUUUUGUCAUCAUCAAAGGUGCCCGAGGCAACUGUGAAACAUUUGACUGUUCCUGAUUCUAAUAGUGGAGGUUUUGCAUUAACCAGACUCGAUAAAUCAAGACUGAUCUUGGAGCAGCUCACUACCCCACAGUUUGAUACAAUGGAGGAUCGUAUAGAGUCCCCCAGUGCAGAUACUAAAACAUCUCCAGGAGGCUCUGCUGGUGGCUUGGCAGAUGCACCACCGCCUGAUACCACAGCAAAUUUACAGGCCUUUUACACUGACAGAAAUAUAUGGAUUUUGAGAUCGCUGGGGGCUGGUGAAGUUUUGAUUGAUGUUUGCAUGGCACUGCCUCACAUCAAUCGUUACGUUUUGAAAGCUAAGGAGUCUUUGAGCAGAAAUACAAUUUUGUUACCAUUUUUGCCUAAUGAGACUCUGCUAAUUCGACAGAGCUUGAGUUUACUGGAGAACGAUUUGAAUGUGUUACAUAGUACACUGCAGUUACCACUCCUGGAGCCACUGACUCCUGAAAAACUUGAAAAAUUAACUAUUCUGACAAUGGCAAGUUUGUACAUAGCUGUAUCUGUAGCAACUGCUGCAACAAUACAUGGGAUAAUGAUGUCUUCAGUUCCAAAGCAGUCUGGUACUGGCACGCAGAGACCUAAUGAUGAUGAAAUUGCGACUGAUAAACAUGCUGUGGCAAUUGUGGAGAGAGCAUUGGAUUUCUUCAAUUAUGUGUCAUCUUUGAUGAAAAAUUCAUCUAAAGCUGGUGGACAUAUACCAAGUAAUCAUGCCAUGAUAGGUAUUAUGGUCCUGCUAACAGGACUUCACCAUCAGCUACAUGUCUCAAACAAUUUCCCACUUCCUAAAGAAGAAAGAGGGAAGUCACCCAGAAAAGCAGCUGAAAAAAUGAACUUGACUAAACUACAACAAGGUUUCAAUGUACUGUCUGUGGCUGUAACAAGUUCAUUGUUGAAAUUCAUGAAGUCACUAAUGAGUGAUAUGAUGACAGAGUGCUUGUCUUUGGAGGAUGAUGCUGGAUCUGAUCAGCAACCAGCAAAUCUAAAUAUUAUGGGAAAUUACACAGCAUUGCAAAGAGUCCUUCGUCUCCUGUGUGGCAUUCCUGUUGCCCAGUUAUUACUUAACUUGGCAACUGUUAGUUACAGAAAGGCAUGUGCUUUGAAGAGAGUUACAUCUGUGGCAAACCAGGAGGAAUUUGUACCUGUGGAAGCAUCUACAGAUUAUGAUGAUGAUUUUUCUGCGGAGAGUGGUGAGCAGCCACAAGCAGACAGAUCUAACGAAGAAUCAUCUCAGAGAGAUGAAACAAACAGGGAGGACACUCAGCAUGAUAACCGUCGUGGAGAAGAAGAUGAAGACAGUGAACCUAUAUUGGGUCUUUGGCUUGAGGAAACCUUGGCCCCUGAAUCUUCAGUUGCUGCUUUGUCAGAAAGCAGUAGAGAGAAGCAAGAUGGACCAGGUGCAACUGGUACGGGAGGGACAGGUGGCCCAUGUCACACACACAUUCCGUCAAAGGGACCUGAUGCUUUCCUGUUAUUGGGAUUACAAAUUAUACGAUUCCUCAACAAAUAUAUGGUCAAUGUAGAAACACCAAGGCCAUUGGUACCUAGCAUCCAGGAAGGAAUUGGAGAGCAACAAUUGGCCUCAAUAUGUGGUAUAAUUAGGGACUUGGAUAGAGAGUCCAGCAAGAGCAGCACACAAGUCAGCCUUGUAACAAAGCAGAAACUUCAGACUAUGAGCAAAGUUGUUGAUCAUAUAAGGCAUGCAGUCUUAGGUUGGUACAACCCGAUAUCAGAUGUAAGCAUUCCUCCUCAAGAUGCUUUGUAA